AUUUCAGAUAUAUUAUUAAAUUGGCAUCAUAUUGCAUGGGGAUUUCUAAAAAUCGUAGCAGGAGAUGGAAGUUUUAAUAUAAACAAAACGUUACGACUUCAACUUUACAAACCAGGUAAUACAAAAAAAGGAAGUUUUUGCCCUGUUUAUGACUGGUGGAAACAACAAAGAAAUAAAUAUCCAUCGACACUAUACGUUACUAUAAAAGAAAAUAACACGACCAUUAAAGCUGCAAUAAAAAAUUUAAAAAACAACAUAGAUAACGAAUACGAACAUCAAGAACAAUCAAGUAAUGUUAAUGAAUAUGAUAACAAAGAUUUAUUAAAUUCAGAACUUAAAGAAAAUGAAAAAGAAAAAGUUAACGAGAUAUUAACAAAUUUGCAAGAAAAAACCUUUAAAUUGCCGAAUAAAUUACACAGUGAAUUAGAAAGUGGUGAUGAAGGAUGUUUUGCUUUAAAAUUUGGAAACACUGGGAAAUAUUUAGUUUGUUCUAUUCUUUCCAAAGAAACAUACUUUUUAGUUGUAUAUUUCCUCCCAAAUUUAGACGAAUAUUUCAAAUUAAGCUCACAUCAAGACUUAAUUUACAACAUAACUUUUUCGAAAAAUGACGAUUUAAUCCUCGCAUCAUCAGCCGAUGGAACUGUAUCAAUAUGGGACUUAAAUAAAGUUAAAUUUAUACAGAUGUUACCUCAUCCUUCGUUUGUGUAUUGGUGCGAAAUCGGUCAAAAUUUCAUCGCGACCGGUUGUUACGAUAAAAUAAUACGGAUAUGGCGAUUAAUCGGGGAUUUAACGUGGGAAUUGUAUCAAGAGUUAGAAGGACAUGAUGGAUACAUAACUUGUAUAUGCAUCAAUUCAAAAUCUACCUGUAUUUACAGUUCGGAUUCUUUGGGGAAUAUAAAUUGUUGGGAAAAAGACGUCAACGAAAAUUUUAAUUUAUACAAGGAAAUCGUCCUGGUGGAACUUAAAAAUACGGUUAUAAAUCAAAUUCUACUACAUAAACGAGAAAAGAAAUUAAUUGUGCAUGCUAGAGAUAACAUAUUGAGGAUUUUAGAUAUUAAAAGUGGGUGUGUUAUAAAUUGGUUGGAGGGUGGUGUAAAUAAUAG